GGCGCCAUGGCGGGCAAGGGCGGCAGCUCCUGCUCGGACCGGCACGCCCGCCUCCUUCUGGCCCAGAUUAACCGGCUGCGGGCCGGGCAGAGCUUCUGCGACGUGCGGCUGGAGGUGGGCCCGGAGGCGUUCGCCGUGCACCGCCUGGUGCUGGCGGCUAGCAGCCCUUACUUCGCGGCGCUCUUCGCGGGCGGCAUGAAGGAGUCGGGCCGGGACGUGGUGCGGAUCGCGGGCGUCGAGGCGGGCACCUUCCACACGCUCCUCGACUUCAUCUACACAGGGGCGGUGAGCAUCGGGGAGCACAACGUGCAGGAGCUGAUCGUCGCCGCCGACAUGCUGCAGCUGACCGAGGUGGUGGAGCUCUGCUGCGAGUUCCUGAAGGGGCAGAUCGACCCGCUGAACUGCAUCGGCCUCUUCCAGUUCUCCGAGCAGAUCGCCUGUCACGACUUGAUGGAGUUCACCGAGAGCUACAUCCACGGGCACUUCCUGGAGGUGCAGAGCGGGGAGGAGUUCCUGGCGCUGACCAAGGAGCAGCUGGUGAAGAUCCUGAGAAGUGAGGACCUGAGCAUCGAGGACGAGUACCAGGUUUUCAUAGCGGCGAUGCAAUGGAUUUUGAAGGAUGUGGGGAAAAGAAAGAAAUACGUGGUAGAAGUACUGGAGCCUGUGCGAUUCCCUCUGCUGCCAGCACAAAGGCUGCUAAAAUACAUAGAAAGCAUUCCAGAUUUCAGCCUUCGGGUGGCCCUGCAAACUCUGCUGAAAGAAUAUUGUGAAGUCUGUAAAUCUCCCAAAGAGAACAAGGUCAGCAGUUUUCUGCAAGCUUCUAAAGGUCGUCCCCGGAGGAAAGCCAGGAAGUACCUUUAUGCAGUAGGUGGGUACACCCGACUGCAAGGAGGACGCUGGAGUGACAGCAGAGCCCUCAGCUGUGUGGAGCGAUUUGACACCUUCAGCCACUACUGGACCACAGUGUCCUCCCUCCACCAAGCCCGAAGUGGGCUGGGGGUGGCUGUGGUGGGAGGAAUGGUCUAUGCCAUUGGAGGUGAGGACAACUCGAUGAUUUUUGACUGCACAGAAUGUUAUGAUCCUGUCACUAAGCAGUGGACCACUGUGGCUUCCAUGAACCAUCCCCGUUGUGGACUGGGAGUGUGCACGUGCUACGGUGCUAUAUAUGCCUUGGGAGGUUGGGUUGGAGCAGAGAUUGGCAACACAAUUGAAAGAUUUGAUCCUGAAGAAAACAGUUGGGAUGUGGUAGGAAGCAUGCCUGUGCCCCGUCACUGCUUUGGGUGCUGUGAAAUGCAAGGUUUAAUUUAUGUUGUUGGUGGUAUCAGCAAUGAAGGAGUAGAGCUCCGUUCUGUCGAAGUCUACGACCCAGUAUCUAAACGCUGGUCUGAGCUUGCUCCAAUGGGCACCCAAAGAGCCUAUCUUGGUGUGGCUGCUCUCAACGAUUGCAUCUAUGCUGUUGGAGGCUGGAAUGAAUCUCAGGAUGCACUUGCUACUGUAGAAAGAUACUCCUUUGAAGAGGAAAAGUGGGUUGAAGUUGCACCAAUGAAGAUACCAAGAGCUGGUGUCUGUGUUGUGGCUGUGAAUGGAUUUCUUUACGCCUUAGGAGGCCGAGCUCCCAGUCAUGAUUUUGCUGCUCCAGUAACCUCUGACUCUGUUGAAGUUUAUAACCCUCAUAUGGACAGUUGGACUGAAAUUGCCAACAUGAUCACCAGCCGCUGUGAAGGAGGUGUAGCUGUGCUGUAAAACAAAGAAGAAAACUCAUUCAAGGAAUGAGUAAAUCUGUCUUCUCAGAUUUCCGGGUUCAUUUAACAGAAACCUCUUCUAACACAGGAGCUUUAGUAGAGACAGUGGGAACUAGAUCAGAGGGCUCUUCCUGAGCAGAAGUGUUGAAGCUCUUGCCCUUCAAAGUAAAUGGGCUUAUCCAAUGUCUGUCUUGGGGAGUAUUCUGUGAAGAGUAGAAAUGCCUCUUAAGACUGGAUUAAGCUCACUGAAAUAAAUGGCGAAUUUGUCCCGCAAAAUUCUGAAGAAAUCAUUCCAGCACGUUAGAGAAGUUAGUCAGGUUGUUAGCUCUCUGGGGUGCACCAAAGCUAGCAUCUUUAGCUGGCCUUACAAUCUGGAAGUAGGCUACUAUAGACAGCCAGGAGUUAUCUGUGGGUAAGAGCACAUGUGCUAUUUGGUUGGCUUCAGUUGUCCUUUUCUGGAGGAAAACAAGGAAAAGAAGGUAACAGAUAAGGAAAACUUGGUACCUCUACUUAUGACCAUGAUGCAUUUGAGCCUCUUUGCUGCUGCUGGAUGUGACAGGCAUUUAAUAUGACCUGGGUAUUUACUUUCUGGCCACUCCACUAAUUUGGAUAGUGAGUGGCUGAGAAUUUGCUGUUCUGGAAGGUUAUUCUCACUGUUCUAAUGUCAUUCCACCUCAGCACAGGCUUUUCUUCUCAGUGGUAUCAGUGAUGACAGUAGAGCUCAUUUUUGUGUAAGCUCUGAUGGAUUUUAAAUGGAAAUGCUAUUAAUUAGAGUUGCUCUUCUGUUUAGGACUGCUCUCAGUAUAAAAAUACAGGGAAAGGCUUUUGCCCUUUCCCCUUCUCCCUAUAGUUCAAUGUGUUUUUACCCUGUGAGACACAUGCUGAGACUUGGCAUUGGAAUACAUGCUCUUCGACAAGUCACACACGUUCAUCUUUCCUACAUCUUGUAUCCCACCUCUUCCAGAUGUGAGCAGAUGGAGAUUUUUGUGAUGGAAUUGGCUGCAAUCAGCAUUAAAUUGAUGCUAUUAAGAGCGUUUUGUCUUCAGGAGUUGGUAGUUAGCUUGGAUACACUUGGUAGAACAAUACUACUAGGAGUUUGGAGUUACUUCUAGAUUAAUUAACAUACUUGAAGUUGCUUUUUGCACAGUAAGACUGCGUUUUCUGCACAGCUGUGGAUGAUUUGGAUGAAGUCUGGAAAUAAGGCUGCUUGAACUUUGAUGGACAGUGUUAUUCUAGAACACAAAACCACAACUGGAAUGUCACAAAACAGGAAGCCUGCAUGGUGCACACAAGCAUCCGUGCUGUCUAGGUCAACAUCCCCUGUGUACAUUUAACAAAUUAAUACACUAAUAAAAACCUCCAAGAUGGAUGUUGCAGGUACCUUAAGAAUCUAGUCUUACAUUCUGACAUUGGGCUGGGAGACUGCCAGGCUAAAACAUGCUAGAUGAUGGAGCAUUUGUUUGAUUGUUCUAUGAUCUUGUGUGUGCUUUUACUUCAAAAGGAUUUCAUAUAUGUGUGAACUAAUAUUUUUUUUCCCCCAAGUUUAAGCUUGUUUUAAACAGUUUUUCAUAAUAAAAUGUAUUUUCAGAACCA